AUGAACUCUAUCGAGCCACCAUUUUUUAAGACUCGUCUCGAACUUCAUCAAGAAGAUUGCAUACAACAUGGAAGCUUCUCCUUUUGCUCUCAUGUCGGGUUUUAUGGCGAUAACGUGCUAAAGCCUUCACUCAAGGUGCCGUGGUUCAAAGAAUGGACUGGAAAAAGCGAAGUGAGUAAUCCUACUGGAAAAACUUCUCUAGGCACGGCCGCCAUGUAUUCCUCUAUGAGAUGUACACAAGAUCGAGAGUAUCGGAACCAUCCUGCUCGACGUGUGGAAAUUGGCAUGGUCAUUACUUUUUUACCACAAGAUGUUACUACCGAAGUCAACCCAAGUGGAAUGGAUUAUAAAUCUUUUUUCAGGAGCCAUGCUAGGCGAAAACGUUGGUUUCAAAGUGAUCAUCGUAGAUCAAUUUGUUCUGACUGCAAGAACCAUCCAGCCAAGGGAGUUUGUGGUUUCAACGCACAGGUUAUCAUUAUGAACUGUUCUGGACAGGUUGCCGCUGGCUACACUCGUAUGGUUGAUUGCCACAGCACGAAUAACGUCAUUUGUCCAAGUUACCUAUGUGUUGAGUUAUUUACAGAUAAUUCUCUUCUUGGGUGCUUCGCUAUUCGUGAUAUUAGGCUAACAGCAGCUAUGGGAGUUAUGAAGUCUUUGGCUAAGCCGGAAGGAGCUUUAGGCGAGGCCACUAAAGCUGCAUGGACGGUUGGAGUUAGCAAGAAAAAAUAA